AUGGCUCCGCGCAGAAAGCAGGCCGCAGCGGCCAAACCACCCCUCGAGGGCUGCACAGUCGUCUUGAGCGGCCGCUUCACCAGCCUCGGCCACACUCAGGGCACCAUGGAGGCUCUCGUCCGCACGCUCGGUGGCGGCACGGCCAAGACGAUGACCGCCCAGGGCAUAACGCACCUCGUCUGCACCGAGAAAGACUACGAAAACGGGAGCAGCAAGGUGGCGGGUGCGAGGGCGGCCGGAGACUUGCCCAUUGUCAAACCCGAUUGGAUUUUCGAGUGCCAGAGGCAGAACAAAACGCUCGCGACCGACGAGUUCCUCUGGACGACACCUGCGCCCGCGCCCGUGCUCACGACUGCAUCCGCCUCGGCCGCCUCCUCCCCCGAAGACACGGCCACGGCCAUGGCAGGCAAGCGAGCGUCGGCGAGUGCUGUCAAGGACGAGGCCGGGGACGAGGCCGACGCCGUGCCCCCGGUCAAGAGACGGCGAGCCGACGGUUGCUCCGGCCGGGCCGCGGCCGUGGAUGGCAUGGCCGACGCCGAGGAGGAAAAGGGCGCGGCCGAGGUGGUGGUCGAAGGACAGUUUGUCAAGAAGGAGGGCUUCACCAUUCCCCUGGAUGAGUUCUGCAGCCUUGACAGCUAUCAAGUCCACGUCGACCCGGGCUCCGGCAUGAUCUACGACGCCUCGCUGAACCAGUCCAGCACCAGCAACAACCACAACAAGUUUUACCGGCUUCAGAUAUUGCGGGACGCCUCGGGCGGCACCUUCAGGACGUGGACCCGAUGGGGCCGCGUCGGCGAGGCCGGCCAGAGCGCCAUCCUCGGCAACGGCUCGCUCGACGACGCGCUCAAAAUCUUCGAGAAAAAGUUCCGCGACAAGUCCGGCCUGCGAUGGGACGACCGUGGCGACGCGCCCCGGCCGGGAAAGUACGCCUUCGUGGAGCGCAGCUACCUUGGCGACUCGGACGACGAGGCGGACGCGAAACCAGCCCCGGCAGCGGGCCGGGACGAGGUGGUGACGGUGGCCGACUGCACCCUGGCCCCGCCGGUCCGGGAGGUCGUCGAGCUCAUCUUCAACCAGACGUACUUCCAGCAGACCAUGAUCUCGCUCAACUACGACGCCGACAAGCUGCCCCUCGGCAAGCUCAGCAAGGCCACCAUCCUUCGAGGCUUCCAGCAGCUCAAGGACCUCGCCGCCCUCAUGGACGACGCGUCGCUCGCGGCCAGCCGGUGGGAGACGAGCGUCGGCGAGGCCACGGAGCGGCUCUCCAACGCGUACUACUCGCUCAUCCCGCACGUCUUCGGUCGCCACCGGCCGCCGGUGAUCAACACGGACGGCCAGCUCCGGAGGGAAAUCGAGCUGCUCGAGAGCCUGUCGGACAUGAAGGAUGCGGCCGAGAUGAUGAAGAUUGACCGCAGGCCGAGCGUCGGCGACGUGCACCCUCUGGACCGCCAGUUUGCGAACCUCGGCAUGCAGGAGAUGUCGCCCCUCGACCGGGCCGGCCACGAGUUUGGACGGCUCCGGGACUACCUGGCCGGAAGCAAGGGCUCGACGCACGCCGUCGACUACGACGUCCGGAACAUCUUCCGCAUCGAGCGCGAGGGCGAGCGCGCGCGCUUCGACUCGUCCCGCUUCGCGACGAUGCCCUCGGACCGCCGGCUCCUCUGGCACGGCUCGCGCGCCACCAACUUUGGCGGCAUCCUGAGCCAGGGCCUGCGGAUCGCGCCCAAGGAGGCGCCCGUCUCGGGCUACAUGUUCGGCAAGGGCAUCUACCUCGCCGACAUGUCGUCCAAGUCGGCCAACUACUGCUGCUCCCACAACUCCAACGGCCACGCGCUGCUGCUGCUCUGCGAGGCCGAGCUCGGCGACCCGAUGCAGAAGCUCACCGACGCCAGCCACGACGCCGGCGAGGACGCCAAGGCCAAGGGCCUCGCGAGCACCAUGGGCAUGGGCGGCACGGGGCCGAGCCGUUGGGUCGACGCAGGCACCGUGCACGAGAGCCUCCGGGGCACCCGCAUGCCCGACGUCGACGUCAAGCCGAGCGACACGGGCAUCGAGAAGGCGCACCUGUACUACAACGAGUACAUUUGCUACGACGUCGCACAGGUCAGGCUUCGAUAUCUGUUUCACGUCAAGAUGUAA